AAAAAUAGCUGAUGUUAUAAAUAUUGUUUCUAAAUAAUAAUUUCAGGCUUCAAAGAGACUUGGUCGCUUUAUUUUAAAAGAUGACAGUGACAGUGAAGAGAAAAAAAAGGUUUCGUCUGGAAGUCUAUUUUUCAAGAAACUACAAAAGAAAGCUUCCCCGCCUCCCAUGUCUACUGCAGCUGAAGUUAGAGCAGCAUCGACAGCUACCACCUCAUCAGAUGACAGGAAGCCAAGUGUUGUCAGCAGUGUUCAAGACGUCAGACACCCAGUAGCUAAGGACGGACACUCGUUGAAUAAAGACAGACACCCAGUGGCUAAAGACAGAGCAGAGAAAAUUGGAGGAAGAUCCUCUCCAAAACCAGAUGAAAAACCUGUUCAGAGAAGAACUAGCGAGAGCGCAAAACGGAAAUACGAAGAUUCACCAAAGGAAAACAAGAACAGCAAAUCGCCACCUCCAGCAAAAAAGAAACGGGGUAAGACUUCCCUAGAGAUAAGAACUUAUUCAAAUUUGGAUGAAGCAGAACAAAGGAAAGGAUAUUGUGCCUUCGCCAACACACCCAAGUUCAAUCAAGUUAAAGGAAAAGGAAAGAUUGUGACCAAGAAAUGGAUAACUGACUGUUUCAAGAAGAACAAGCGCUUGCCAACUCGAAACUACCAUUUGCCGGGUGAUAGCAGUUCAUCUGAAGAAAGUAGCGAAGAGGAAAAAGCCAAACCUAAACCGCCGCCGGCAAAAAAGAAAAAGGACACAGACAGUAAUAAUCACAAGAAAGCUGGGGCGAGUGACACUGAGUUAAAGGACGACACACCCUCAGGAAGCUCGAAACCUCACAUGGAGAGCAAGGAUGAAGUUUCCACUGAAAAGAAAGGUAAAAUACGUACAGACUGA